AUGGUUGCGCCAGCAGUGCCUGAAUUAUCCGAGGACGUCCUCCACGAGUCGAUCGAUGCCAGGACAGAAUCACUUGCAGCAUUGCGAGAGCUGGGCCCACCGGAUCUUGUGCAUCUGGUGAAGCAAGCAGUGCGCAAUCCAGGAAAGCAGGCCGGCGUCUACCAUCACGUUACCGGCGUCGAUGCGUCGUCUUCGGCAAGCCUGGCGGCCUACAUCAACACAUUGACGUACAGAGACCAUGACCCAAACACAACUACCAGGAUCGUCGAGGGUGUAUACUGUUGCUACAAUGCUUUCUCACGAUUAGACAUGCGGGUGCAUGUGUCCAUUCCCGGAACCGUCGAGAGCUACUGUGUUGACGAGCGAGGCGAAAAGCGAAAGGCAUCGGACGAUCUGUGGCUAGAGACAUAUCUUUGCAGCGUCCUAAGAGCGUACUCGUACGCCGACGAUGGUAGUGGCGAUAGCAUCCGCAAGAUUGUCGGCGUCCGAAGAUUCAACCCUGUCACUAACACAGAGACUGAGCAUCGCUUCCUGAAUGCGGCCGAACAGCUCUUCUUCAGGGGGUGGCAGCUAGGAUCCGAUUCGAUUGUUCAGGUCCCUACCAACGUGUCAAAUCAUCUCACCACUGGACUGCUCAAGUAUCUCGAGACUACAGGCCGCUAUACAUCCGGUAUCAACCUCUUCGAGAAGCUUCGCACCCAGAGCGUCGAGGUUGCCUCGCUGCUAGCAAAAGUAUUGUUCAUGGGCCAUGAAGAAGUGUCGGGAGUAAAAGUGCUGUAUCAAUCGCUUCAACAAACCCCAAUGGACUAUGUCAUGCUCGACACACAGGCAGACUUCCUCUUGAAGAAGGCCACGAAAGCCGAAACGCCGGAAUUGAAGGAAGAGAGACUAAAGAUGGCUCUCGGUUGUGCAGACCGCAGCACCAUUGCUGCGCCAAGCGAGUUUAGCACUUGGGCUAGAUUGGCUCAGGUAUAUGUCGCCAUGGAGGACUGGGAGAAUGCUUUGACAAUCCUCAACUCGUGCCCCAUGUUCACGUACCAGGACAAGGAUUCUCCCUUGAUGCCCGAGCCGAGAGACGUUCACCUUCCCACCCUUCCCGAAACGCGCCUUGAUGAGAUUGACAGCGAGCCAGAGUCAAGAUAUGCGGAACAAGUCGACCCGAGUUUGCUGAGCCUGAGGGCAGCAUCUUAUCGUGGCACAUUCAAGAAGGCGUACAGCAUAUUGACGGAAAUGACGGCCAAGAUUGGUUGGGAUCAACUUUUAAAGAUCCGCAGCAAUGUCUUCGUCAUGGAGGAUGAGUACCGUACCGAGAAGCAAGAAGCUACCCAGGCUGCCCAGCCGAUGCGGAGUCCAAGCAUGGAUGGCCUCCGUGGCACACCAGACCCCACCACGAAUGGAGAGGAGGGCUCAGACGAUGAGAAUGAGAAGCCCUCAGAACCAGCUGCAUCGAAAUUGGCCCCCAAUGGGGAGAACAGCGGAGGUACCAAUGCCGAUGACCAUCUCUCCAAAUUGAACACCAAGCGGCUGUGUGAGCGUUGGCUGGAUAGCCUGUUCAUGGUUCUAUAUGAAGAUUUACGGGUCUACACAAUCUGGCGCACGCAGAUGGCCCAGUACCGUGCCCAGCAGAUACAAUACAAGAAGUCAGCGGAGGAGUGGGAGAUUCUCGGCUCGCUUGCGGAACGUCUGCAGCACUUUGACGAAGCCGCUGAGGCAUACCGGGCCUGCCUGUCCCUGCGCUUCAGCCCCAAGGCCCUGGCUGGCGUGCUGCGCGUCUUUGAGAAGACCAAGAGCACUAGAGAGACGGUGGCGGCAGUGAUUCGACUGGUUACCUGGCAGUACAGGUGGUACAGCGAGUUCAGUCCGGAGCUGCUGCACACUAUCCGGACCUUGAUUGAGGACGAAGGUGCCGUCAAAGUCAGGAGCAUCAUUCAGGCAACAAGCCUCCCACAACAUGUGCUUGAUCUGACGCACCACUACGCGGCUCUUUGCGCAACAUUCCGCAGCAGCGGCACAGAUGGUUAA